AUGAAAAUCCCACGAUUAAAUAUCCAAAUUCGUACAAUUUACACUAGCAUUUGUUUGCGUAAGAAACCAUCAGAACUCUACGAUCAACGGGUGACUGAUGGUCAAUUGAUCAAUGAUGAUCAUCAGCGUCAAAUCGUCAAACAGCUAGAUGAAGUGUAUAAAUCGUUAAAAAGUUAUUCGCCACCAUCACAAAGUGCAAUUUCAAAAAUGUUUGGUGGACGUAAUGUGCCAUUAAAUGGCGUUUAUAUGCAUGGAUCAGUUGGAUGUGGUAAAACCAUGUUAAUGGAUUUAUUUUUUUCCUGUUGCGAAGUAGAAAAAAAACGACGAGUCCAUUUUGAUGAGUUCAUGUUGGAUAUUCAUAACAGGGUACAUAAUUUAAGAUUGAGCACAAAAGACAAUUUUGAUGCUAUUCCUAUGGUUGCUGAUACAAUACUAGAACAAUCAUGGUUACUUUGUUUUGAUGAAUUUCAGGUGACUGACAUAGCAAAUGCAAUGAUAUUGAAACGACUUUUCACUGAGCUUUUUGAUAAAGGUAUGGUUAUGGUAGCGACCAGCAAUCGUAAACCAGAUGAUCUAUAUAAGAAUGGACUACAAAGGUUUUUGUUUUUACCAUUUAUACCAGUAUUAAAGCAACAUUCUAUAGUCGUCAAUUUGGAUUCUGGUAUUGAUUAUAGAGUUAUAAGAGCAAAAAGUGGAUAUAAAUCAUAUUUUGUAAAAGAUGUUGAUACCAUAAAAGAUUUUGAAAACUCCAUUAAAAGUUUUACAAAUAGUGAAAAUGAUACUGUUAGACCAAGAACAUUAAUUAUUAUGCAAAGGAAUCUUACAUUCCAAAGAGUGUGUGGACAAAUCUUGGAUGCUUCUUUUGAAGAGCUAUGUGAUCGGCCUUUAGGAGCUGUAGACUACUUAUAUUUAGCUCAAAUGUUUCACACAAUAGCUAUUAGAGAUGUUCCUCAACUUGAUUUAGAUUCAUUAUCACCAUUGAGACGUUUUAUCACUCUCAUUGAUACACUCUAUGAUCAUAAGAUAUUAGUUCUAAUAUAUGCAGAUAAACCAGUAAAAGAAUUAUUUGUAGCUAAAAAAACAGGUGGAUUAGGUGAUGAUCAGAAAGUUCUUAUGGACGAUUUAGAUUUACAACCUGGAUCGACCAAUGCCAAAGCCAAUGUUUUUACUGGAGAUGAAGAAAUAUUUGCAUUUGAUCGAACAGUAUCAAGGCUCAUAGAAAUGCAAUCAACUGACUAUUGGAAAAAUAACCGCUCAAAAAUAUAA